AUGAACUUUCUCAAGAUAGUCUGUGCUGCUGUGCUCUUUGCUUUCCUGAUUAUCUGCGCCAUCAGCCAAGUGUUCAGCGAAAACACCAACAGAUUUAUAGUAAACUCAGAUUAUUUCCGCAGCCAUCCUAAGAAUAGAGCCAUAGAAUGCUAUGAGCGCGGAAUUAGUGAAAUUCUUAAGGAUGCACAAGUGGACUACAUCAUGGAUUUCAAUCUCCUGCAGAUAUCAAAGGACAACAGAUACGUGUGUUUAAAUAAGCCGCUCCUCUUGGCAUACGGCGAGUUUAUAAAAACAGACGAAACAGCCAAUGAGUACAUGAAAAAACAAAAAGAAAUAUGGCAGUUGCUAGCGCAUAGCAGCCCAGAAAGAAGCCGAGAUGCAGCCAGAAGCAAAGAAAAAACGUUUUCAAAAUACGAGCUAAAGACAGGAAUAUAUGCGCACUCUGCCAUCUCGCUCAGCAACGGAAUCCAGAACAUAGACUACCUCAGCGGCUUGAAGCUGCACACUCUUCGCAACAUAAUCGUGUCAUCCAACACAAUGUUCAAAGGAGCGCUUCUGAAUCAGUACAACAGCAUCAAUCAAAAGAUAUACAUCAUUGGCAAAUACAUAAAAACAUACAGAGAAGAAAUAGAAGAAGCACACUCUCUCAUUCACGAACUGUACAAAUAUUCUGCAGUACCGGAGACAGUAGCUAAUAAUAGCCAAAUUGCCAAAAAUAAAAACACAGUACUAUCCAGAUGCUGUGGAGACAUAAGUCUAGCUAGAGUUGAAAAUGAGAAUAGAACAGCAGAAGCUAAUCCAUUAAUUGGCAAGAUAGCAGAGAGUAGCAAUAGCCCUAUAAAUUGCACUACCACAGCAGCUAGCUGUGUCAAUACGAGUGAUCUGCGCUUGGAGUAUCUUCUGAACAGCAUCUACAUUGUGGCAGCAGAAAUAAAAGACUUUCUGGAGGGAUCUGCAGUCUAUUCGUGCCUGAAGAAUUCGGAGAGUUUGAAUGAUCUAGUGAAAGCGCAUCUAUAUUCGAUAAAACUAGUGAUAAAUGUCUAUGAAAGUGCAGACCACGAGUACCACAAGACUGCUGUUUCUGUUCCUAGCAUCAAAUCUUUCAUUAAAAACAUAAAAUCAAUCUGCAAUAACACUCUCAAGAUUAUCACUGCGACACAUGAGCGGAUGGAAGAUGUUUUCACAAAUAUCUACGAGAUAGGGAUGUAUGAUGCAGAGCCGUACACAAAGUUAACAGAAAAGAUAAAAGGUGUUGUUGAUGCAGUGGUUCUCAAUGCAAAUAACUUUCAGGCGAAGCUAUCCAGCGCCAUCAGAAUAAACCGUAUGUUCAGCAACGAAACUGCCACAGAUGCUGAUAUAAUUGAGCAGAGGCAGAAGAGAGAGGAAAGUGCAAUAAAAAAAUUCCAUCUUAAUAGAAAUGCAAGUCGAAACAAGACAGAAACUGUAUUUUCUGAAAAUGUGAAAAUAAUAAAAAAACAAAAUGAAAAAAUAGACACAUGCAUUGAGAAAAUAGAAGAAAAGCUUUUAACGCCCGUCGAGAUGGAAGUGCCCAUCUCCACCCUGAACAGGAGGAUCCUGAGCAAAGACAUAGAGGCAAUUGGGCCGCAAAAGAAGAACUUGAAUGUGCUGUACAUGAACAGGUAUGUGGAAGAAAAUCCGCAGAUGUACAUCACGUGCUACAACAGCGCAGCAGAAGCCGUUGAAGAGGGUAUAGUAGCUACCGAUGAGUGCAAAUAUGCGGCAGGUGGAUAUCCGAGCUACAAUAACGGAUUAAACUACAAAAAAUACUACGCGCCUGCAAAUGCAAAAGAGGAGGAGGAAAUAUACAAAGAAAGAAUGGGAAUGAAGAUGGAAAACCUUGCCGAUUUGAUCCUGAAAAAGAAAGAGAUAAUAAACAGCUACAACUCCUGCAAUGAUGUGAGCCCUGCAGAGAUGGCAAUGAUAGUGGAGACAAUGGCAGCCGUAGAGUACCUCACCAUUCCAGAAGAGAUCAUAUCGAAUUUUAGUCUGCAAGAGUAUGAAAAAAUUAUGAAAAAUACUCCCAACAAUAGUAAUAUACUAAAAGUAGAGAAUGUAAGAAAAUCUGCACAGCACAUAUUGUAUCUAGUUAAGAAGAAGUUCUCGUAUAAAUCGGCUGAGAAAGUACACGAAGCUUUUAUUAUGCCAAUGGAGAUGGUUAGGGAUACAAAAAGCCUGCAGGAUAUUAUAGACACCGGAAUGGUCGAAAAACUAUUCAGCUAUAUGGAUAGGUAUCAUGGCGUAGCUGUAAACAGACACUUUAUGUCGAUGGCUGCGGCCUCUAUAAAUCUGAGAAAAGAUCUCAUCACAAAGAAAAGAAGUCUUGGCCUGGAGUGGAUGGGCACCCCGCAUAUAAGCACAUUCUUAAAUCCCCGCGAUAAUUACACUGAAUAUGUGGAGCUGUUUGAGAUAAACAUGCACGAGUUUGGGGCACAGUUUUAUAGUAUGAUCGGUAGUAAGAUAGUUCUAAGCGCGCUUGCUUCCAAUUAUUCGGCGAUGGCGAUAAAAACAAUAAAAGACCUGACAGAUAUGAUAAAUCUUUCAAGGAAUAUAAAGAUGGGAGGAGAAAGAAGGCAAAAAACCCUGAACAAAAUGAGAGAGAACAAACAAAAUUAUCUGAAGAACACUAUCACAUUCUCUAAAAAGCCAGCAGACUAA